AUGGUACGCUCUUUACAACUCGGCGUGGCGGCCCUUGGGCUGCUUGGUGCAGUGUCCGCUCAAUUAGUGUCAACUGGCUUAUCCGUCACGCUCGACCAUAUCGAUUAUUUUGUCUCUCCUUACUCCGUGGGGAACGUGACGGUGUCGGCGGCCUUCCUGAAGGACGUCCCUAGUGUCAAUGGCUUCUACCCUGUGACUGUUGUCCAAGAGGAGAAAGCUGAGGUAUCAUCGUUGCCCUCUCUAUUCUCUACAUGGACGGAUGUGGAUGAUGUGUUUACACCCGCUUUCCUGGGUGCAGUCUUAGUCCGUGGCUACAAACCCGACAAUGCCACUACAACCUUCAAUACUUCCCGCUCCAGUGUCCUCGUGCCUUUGGAGUCCAGGGUUGUCCCAUCAGGCCCGUACUUCCUCGAACAGGCUACUGGGAAGCUCUAUCCAGUGUACCGUCUCUACAGCGACUUUGCAGGAGCCUUUACGCAGCCACUGCUCCAGAAGCCAGACGGCACAUUCCAGCCUUUGUCGGCACAAGUUGCCGGUCUGGUCUCAUCGACAGUCGGUGUACCCUCUCGCAUCUACUAUACUCCCAGCUCUGAGAAACCGUUGGCCGGGGCCCGCGUCGGCGUAAAGGACAUUUACAGCCUCGCUGGCGUGCGCCAGAGCAACGGCAAUCGGGCCUGGUACAACUUGUACGGAGAGAACAACGUCACUGGCACCGCUGUUUCACGUCUGAUCGAGGCAGGCGCCAUUAUUGUCGGACUACAGAAGCCCUCGCAGUUUGCAAAUGGAGAAACGGCUACAGCUGACUGGGUCGACCUUCACUCACCCUUCAACCCACGUGGAGAUGGAUACCAGGAUCCUUCUUCCUCCUCGUCAGGCGCUGGUGCUUCCAUCGGCUCUUACGAAUGGUUAGAUCUGGCUCUUGGUAGUGAUACCGGUGGCUCUAUCCGCAAUCCUGCCGAGGUCCAGGGAGUCUACGGUUCUCGUCCAUCUCACGGUCUGGUCGAACUCGAUCAUGUCAUGUCCAUGUCUCCGGUGCUCGAUACUGCAGGAGUGCUGACAAGGGACCCUUACCUUUGGGACCGAGCCAACCAAGCCCUCUACAGCACUAACUACACCUCGUUUCAUGGCAAAUCAGUCCGUUACCCUAGCAAGCUGUACACUAUCGAUUUCCCGACGACCAAUGACUCUGCGGCAGAUGCAUUGCUGGCUGCAUUCCAAAAGCGCCUGGCUGCAUUCUUGAAUACGACAGCCACCCCGCUGGACCUACCUGCCGACUGGUCGUCACAGCCGCCGUCCGGCGCACCCGCCAAUGUCUCGCUUGAAACGUUGCUUAACCUGACCUACCCAAUGCUCAUCACGAAGCAGCAAAUCCCUCUGGUUAGGGAUCCUUUCUAUGCCGACUAUGCCGCAAAGCACGACGGUCGAGUCCCCUUCGUGGACCCCGUCCCUCUCUCCCGGUGGAACUGGUCCAUGGCGUAUCCUGACUCCGCACUGGAUGAAGCCAUCCACAACAAGACGCUCUUCAUGGACUGGAUCGCUGAGAACUAUCUCACUCCGAUCUCCGACCCAGAGCAGUGCUCUUCGUCGCUUAUUGUCUAUGUGGGCACCGAUGGCUCCCAGAGAGCGCGUAAUGUCUACCGCUCGCUGCCUGGCGCACCAUCAGGCUAUAGCAAGUUCCUCAUCUCCAAUAUGGCCAGUGUGCCGGACUUUGUCAUUCCCAUUGGGGAGAUUGCGGCCUACAGCACCAUUACACAGCACCAGGAGAAAUUUCCCGUCGCCAUUGACGUUCUGGCUGCGAAGGGGUGCGAUGGGCUACUUGUUAGGCUGGCUCAGGAUUUGUUGGAGGCUGGAAUCAUCAGUGCCCCGUUAUCCGGUGGGACGCUGACUGGUGGGUCAGUCUUGUUUUAA